UGCUGAACAUGUACGCUAAUCAAGUACUCCUGUUUCCAUCUCUUAAAUGGCGCUGUUGCAAUUUAGCCAUCAUUUGCUUUGGGACUCUCGAAAGAACUAGACGUGUUCGAAUUUAGCAACAAUGACGUAUUCACGAAAAACGAGCCGUCGCGAUGACUAUCGCAGAGACCGACGUUCCAGUAGUUUGGAGUACCGCCGGAGUCAUCGUAGUCGCCGGAGUCGCUCGCCGUAUCACCAUCGGUACAGAUCGGUGUCGCGUUCACCGGAAGCAAGCCGCUCUGGCCACCGGGAAGCUGUGCACCGAAAACGCAUACGGGUUGACUCUCCGGAACCGAGUCGUUGUUUGGGAGUGUUCGGUUUGAGCGUUUACACCACGGAACCGUACCUGAUGGACAUCUUUUGUCCGUUCGGCACGGUUGAGAAGGCAAACGUGGUGUACGACGCCAAAACGAGACUGUCGCGCGGUUUCGGAUUCGUUUACUUUAAAAACCAAACUGAGGCAGCCGCCGCCAGGCUGAACUGCAACGGUUUGCAAGUACAUGGCCGGCGCAUCAGGGUGGACUUUUCCAUCACCGAUCGGCCUCACUCUCCCACACCGGGCGUGUACAUGGGACGCUGUGGAUCGGGUUCGCCGCCAUCUAGGGAAUACUCUCGCAGCGCGUGUCGCCGUUACCAAGGAUAUUCGCGAUCACGCUCUUCCUCUGGAUGCCGCUAGUGAAGGCGGCCUGACAUGGCUACGAACUAAAAACAUGCAGCCCUCUGAUAUGAUGCCUGCUGAUCUCAGUACAAAGCAACUCAUUGGUGACUGUGAUUUUCGUUACUCGCACCGCAAUCGCAU